GAAGUUAGUCGAGGUGGCAACCCUGUUAAAGGAAUCCAACGAGAGCGCCAUGUUUCUCGAAGCGAUAUUGCGAUUGGUCGAACGAAACGAGUUUCUUAAUCUCGAAACUCGUGCCGUUGCCCGCUCGUCGGCAUGCCUGCCGCAAAGGAGGCGAACCGUCACACAAAAGCAAGAUGGAGGAUCUCACAGUAGAAGUAUGCGGCGAAAACGGAGCAUAUUAUAAGGCCUUUGUCACCGAUGUCUUUGACGAAGAAGUUCUGGUAACUUUUGAAAAUGACUGGCAACCUGAGUCUAAAUUCCCUUUUGCUCAAGUACGAUUACCACCAAAGGAUGGUAUUAAAGCAGAUUUUCAAGAGAACCAAGAGAUUGAAGUAUUUUCUAGAUCGAAUGAGCAAGAAGCGUGGGGGUGGUGGAAAGCCCUUAUCAAGAUGAUCAAAGGAGGUUUUCUAGUAGUUGAAUACUUGGGAUGGGAUUAUACUUAUACAGAAAUUAUAAGUAAUGAACGGCUAAGAGUAAAAAAUCUCAAUCCCCCAAUUGACAAAAAUACAUUUCACAAGAUCGAAAUUGAAGUACCUGAAGAUUUGAGAGAAUAUGCAAAAAUGGACAAUGCCCAUAAAGAAUUUCAAAAAGCUAUAGGGGCAGCAGUGUGUCGAUAUGUGCCUGAUCGAGGAGUACUGCUGGCCAUCUCCCGUAAUGAAAACAUACAUCGUCACAGUACCAUGCUCCAAGAAAUGCAUUUUCGUAAUUUAUCACAAAAGGUUCUGCUGUUGAAAAGAACAGAAGAAGCAGCUCGCCAACUCGAAUCUACAAAACUUCAAACGAUGGGAGGAUACACAGAUGAAUUUAAUGUUCGAGAAGACCUCAUGGGACUAGCUAUCGGUGCUCAUGGUGCAAAUAUACAACAAGCAAGAAAAGUAGAUGGAAUAACAAAUAUAGAAUUGGAAGAAAAUUCUUGCACAUUUAAAAUAUACGGAGAGACACAUGAAGCUGUCAAAAAAGCUCGUUCAAUGUUGGAAUAUAGCGAAGAGUCCAUUCAAGUUCCACGUGUACUGGUUGGAAAAGUGAUUGGAAAAAAUGGUCGCAUUAUUCAAGAAAUUGUGGACAAAAGUGGUGUAAUAACAACUGGCUCGAGUGGGAAUACUCAUACUGAUAGAGUACGAGUGAAAAUAGAAGGCGACAACGAACCGCAACCGACGAUCCCGCGAGAAGAAGGCCAAGUACCUUUUGUCUUUGUUGGAACAGUUGAGAGCAUUGCGAAUGCUAAACUUUUAUUGGAGUAUCAUUUGGCACACCUAAAGGAAGUAGAACAGCUCCGACAAGAAAAACUAGAAAUUGAUCAGCAAUUAAGAAGCAUGCAUGGCUCAACAACUGGACCAAUGCCUAACUUUCCACCAACAAGGCGAGGAAUGGUUACCGGACCCGAAGAGGGUGGUAGUGGUCGUGGUGGACGUGGUGGCCAAUCUAGAGGACGGGGAAGGGGUAGGGCCCCUGCCAGACAUAAUGCCG